AUGGAAAAUCUCUUUCAUCUGUCUGCCGAAUCAGCAGAUCGGUUUGCCCUCACCUUGCGGCCUGCUACGUUCAUGCUGUGUAUCAUCUUGCUCUCAGUGGCGAUAUCGAAAUUUUCGCUCGAGACAAAAUGGGCAUCUUUUUUCACAGACACGAAGAGCUAUUGGAAGACUCAAUGGGAACUAUUCACAUAUCCCAUUACAGGCCACAGUAGGAUCAUGGAGGCCUACAGCCAGAUGAACGGAAAGGCGAUCCGCAUCAAUUCCCCCGAAAGUUGGAUGACUUUGGUGUCCUCUCCUGAACUGAUCAAUGAUAUAAAAAAUGCCACAAAUGAGCAACUAUCACUGCAUGCAGCUGCAAAGGAAAUCCUAAAGCCCAAAUUUACCAUGAAUGGUUUCAACUGGCAUGAUCAGAGGGGUGUUGAGGGAAUCGGCUUCGUCCGGACACUUCGCACUCUGUUGACGUGCCAUCUGCCACAAAUGACCCCGGGGACUCGGCUCAUUAUCGACAAGACCUUCUCUGAGGCAAUUGGACCAGGAGGGGACAGCAUUAACGUCUUGACACUCUGCAAGAAAGUAGUCACCAACAUCAGCGCUUACGCUUUCUUCGGUCUGGAUUAUGUUGGGGAUGACGAGUUUGUCAAUGCAGCAUACUAUUACAACGAGGAUGUGUUGUAUGGCUCCGAAUUGAUCCGUAUCACGCCCAAGAUCUUUGUUCCUGUGGUUGGACUCUUCCUCCCAUUCUUCUUAAAGCGACAGAGAAUAUUCUUUUACGGACUGGUCGCCAUUAUUGAGGAGAGAAUGAAGGACACAGGUUCCGCGAAGAAGCACAACGAUGUCAUCCAGUGGAUCAUUAACACUUCACCCAAGUCAAAACCGUGGACUCCGGACAGAAUGGCGUUCGAGAUAAUGGCAAUCUGGUUUGGCUCCGUACAAGGUCUUGCGACGACUCUUGCAUUUGCAAUCUUUAGCCUCUGCAGUCACCCAGAAUAUAUCGAACCCCUUCGUGAAGAGGUUGAAGGGCCCGAUGGCUCUAGGUUCCUCAUUGAAGGCGAGGGUCUGCCCUUGAUGGACAGCUUCUUAAAGGAAUGCUCACGAUGGACGCCUGUUGAAUCAGUGACUGCCCGUCGAUGUGCACUCAAGGAUUUCACAUUCUCUGACGGAACUCGUGUCGCUAAAGGAGAAUGGGUCGGUAUACCCGUAGGGGGCAUUCUUCAAGAUGACCUCUAUUAUCCAGAACCCCGAGCAUUCAACGGCUUUCGCUUCGCAGAUCCAACGAUCUUUGGUGCAAAGACCUCAACACAGCCAGAGGGACCAUCUAAGUUCACAGAUGUUUCCGACACGUGGCACGUCUGGGGUACCGGGAAGCUAACCUGCCCUGGACGCUUCUUUGUCUCAUAUGCAAUGAAGCACAUAAUGUUCCAUGUAUUAGAACAUUAUGAGCCGGAGAUGGCCGAUAACGACUGCAGGCAUACAAUCAACUGGCGAACUUUGACACUGCCGGCGUACAAUGUCAGGGCGACUUUAAAGCCCCGGACAUAA